GCUUAGGUUUGGCCCUUGGAUGAUGGAAAAGGAACUCAUAGACUGGAGAGAUGCGAUGAGAUUACCCUAUUUUUGGGUCAGAUGUUUGCAAGUUCCAGUGACAGUUAUGGCUUUACUGGAAGGAGUAAUUGUUGAUGCGUUCGGAGAAAUCAUGCAUUCCCAUCCCCCCUUCAAAGUGAGGGGAUACCCUGAACUUCAGGACAUCAGGUUUGAUCUAACUCCAUCAGCCAAAAUGCGUUUUCAGGAAGUGUUGAUUAUCGAUUUGGAGGAAGACGGAUUGGUUGAAGUCGAGGUCAUUUGUGCAGAAACGCCGUGGUGUGAAAACUGUCGGCGUUUCUAUCAUUGGUCAUCUGACGACUCCUGCCCCUUGAAGCCUAAGGCUAAGGUCCAACCAAAUGCUACUGUCCCGACCCCCAGCUCAGACGAAAAAUCAGAACCAAAAGAUAAGGGGAAGCAAAGAGAAGAAUCUGAGAACGGGUCAAACGACAAAAUCGAUCGGACUGCUAAGGGCAAAGGAAGGGAGGAGAGGGAAGAGGAGCCUCAGACCAAGGAAAGGGAGAAGAGACCCCUGAAAGAAGGGAACGAGAAAACCCCAAAGGGAAAAGGCAAAAGUAAAAGAAAGGAAAGUGGGAAGGAGGUUAAAAAACAAGGGGGAGGGAAAGAGGUCGAGGAGGAGCGGCGGAUGGAGGAAGGGGAAAAGAUGGUGGGUGAUGAUCCACCUGCCCUGGCAGCUGUACCUAUUCCGGGAGUAGACCCAGGAUUAAAGGAACCUAAUGCCGAAAAGGAACUCGAGGAGGAAAAUUUAACGAAAGAAACUUCCCAACAGUCGGGGGCUGAAAUGCAAUGGGAAGCAAGCGACUCCAAGGGAGGAAACAACAAAGAAACAGACAACCGUCAAAGCGUCAGUGAGGAAAGCAAAAGUGUGGAGGAUGAAGGGAAAGAGAAAAAGAAGGUUCUCGACAGGGAGUUGAAAGAAUACCGAAGUGAGGAAAGUGGUGAAGUCCAGCAGGGAGGGAUGGAGGGAGUGAAGGAAGGGAAUGAGAAUCAGGAGGGAGCGAAGGAGGGGAAUGGGAACCAGGAGAAAAGGCGGGAUAAGGAUAGUCGAGGGGCGAUGUGCAGGUCCAUCCUUGAAGGGAUCGAGCUGUGGAAGAAAGGAGUUUCCCCCCUUACUGACGAAAUACUAAUAGAGAACAGGGCUAUCUUGGAAGUUCCCGAGGAGUGGGGAAGCUUUUCUGAAUCAGAUAAACCUGUAGGUAACCCCUUCACAGGGUCACAAAAUUAUAGUGUUGCGGAAGUGGAUUCCUCUCAGGAAAAUAGAGAUCUGGCUGACACUUCCUUCAAAAAAACGGAAGAGGAAAAGGCCGCUCUCUACACAGAUUUGACAGGCGGUCCUACUUGCUCGUCUAAAGUCUCUGUUAAACACCAACGUUUCCCACUUCGCAAAAAUCUCAAUUCUAAGAAGAUACGGGCCAAUGAGGACCAUCCCACGAAGAAAGCAAUGCGUCGGAUGUUGUCGGACCGACAUGACGAAGAGAGGCAAGGCACGGAAAUGGGAAGGGAGAACGGGUUUGGACGCCCGUCUGUGCUAAAUGCGACUGGGAACGAAAGGCAACAGGCGAAGAGGAGGACACAACGACGAGAAUAAGGAGUAGGAUGAAUGGAUCCGGGCGCAAAAUUGCGACGGGUACAUACGAGAAAGGAAGAAUGAAGAUGGUGGAGUGAA